UGCUCCAGGAAGCUGAAAAGCAGUUAAAGGAAAGGAGUGUGUAAAGAAGGCUUUAAAAAUUAUUUAAUAAACCGGAAAGCAACUUUAGCAGUUGCAUCUCCAUCAUCUAGACUGAAAGGAGUUCAUAUGGCCAAGUCAAGGAAAGAAUCAGACUGACAGAUGCAGUUGUUUAAGUUAUGAGGAACACUUGCCUGUGGGGUCUCCCGCUAAACAGACUUGCUGUUUUUUCCUGUGUAUGGAUUUCUGCAGUGAACUGUACUUUCUCAAGAAACUGUCAAAACUUAUGUACGAGUAACCUGGAAGGAGAACUUGGAAUAACUAACCUUUGCAAUGUUAGUGACAUCACUGGAGCAUGCACACAGGGAUGUCAGUUUUGGAACGCUACAGUGCAAAUCAACUGCCCACUGAAAUGUAACAAGACAUACACCAGAGCAUGUGAGACAGUUUCCUGUAAGUUUGGCUGUAGCUGUGCAGAGGAUGCAUAUGGAGUUGAAACAUUGAAUUACUUGAAUGAGCCUGGAGCACCAUUUGCAUCUACCAUUGGAAGCCACAAUGUCACAUUAGGGUGGAAACCAGCUAACAUUUCUGAGGUGAAAUAUAUUAUCCAGUGGAAGUUCAGUCAGCUCCCUGGAGACUGGAGGUACACAGAGGUAGUAUCUGAAGCUUCAUACACAGUUAAAGAUCUUCAAGCCUUCACAGAAUAUGUGUUUCGAGUAGUUUGGAUCAUUACAUCCCAGCUGCAGCUCCAUUCUCCAUCUAGUCCCAGUUACCGGACACAUGCUUUUGGAGCUCCUACAACAGCUCCUAUCAUUAAAAACAUUCAGAGUUCAAGUCCAAACACAGUUGAAGUUAGCUGGUCUCCACCACUUUUUCCAAAUGGAUUGAUUGUUGGAUAUAAUUUGCUCCUGACCAGUGAGAAACACAAACUGUUGAGAGCCUCAAGAGGGCAUAGCUUCCAGUUCUACUCCACCUUCCCAAACAACACUUACAGGUUCAGUAUUGUGGCAGUCAAUGAGGUUGGUGCUGGACCCCCUGCUGAAGCCAACAUCACAACUCCAGAAUCCAGAGCUAAGGAAAAAUCAACAUGGCUUUUCUUAUCCAGAAACCAGUCUUUAAGGAAGAGAUAUACAGAACAUUUUCUUGAAGCCACCCAGUGUCUGCAAAAUGGUAUAAACCACAACAUUACAGGAAUUUCUGUGAAUGUUUAUCAGCAACUUGUCUAUUUUUCUGAGGGGAAUUCCAUCUGGGUGAAAGGAGCUGCAAAUAUGUCUGAUAUAUCCGACCUAAUGCUCUUCUAUGCUGGCUGGGGGAAUAUUACGUCCAUCUCGGUAGACUGGCUUUACCAGAGGAUAUACUUUGUCAUGAAUGAAAAGAUACAUGUCUGCCAUUUAGAGAAUUGCACGGCAGCUGAAGACAUCACUCCUCUGUAUGUGACAUCCCCUAGGAAGGUUAUAGCUGACCCCUAUAAUGGCUAUAUUUUCUGUCUCCUGGAGGAUGGCAUAUACAGAGCAAACCUUCAACUCUUUCCUGGCACUGCCUCCACAGCUUCACCAGUAGUGAAAUACAGUGCUCUGAGAGACUUCGUGAUCAACUUCCAAUCUAAGAGACUUAUUUUCUUCAACAAAACAGAACAGGCCUUUGUGUCAGGUUUUCUUGAUGGUUCAGAAUUUCACACGCUGCGAUCACAUGUGCCACUUCAUGAUGUGGAGAGCUUUGUUUAUGAGGAUAACACAUUUACUGUCACAGAUGGCUGGGCAGUUUUCCAUGAAGAGGUCUCUCCACUGGGGAGUUCUAGCUUCAAUGAGUACAUUGUGGAUUGCAAUUUGGCAUAUCCAGAGUACUUUGGCUUUGGCAACUUGGUUUUCUAUGGGGCAUCAACUCAGCCUUUUCCAUUACCAACUUCUCCUCGCCUUGUCACGGCACUAUUUGGACUGCACCAAGCUGUGAUCUGCUGGAAACCACCUGAACACACUAUUGGAACCAGUCUGUCUGCUUGGCAGAACUGGACCUAUGAUGUGAAAGUGUCAUCUCAGCAUCCAUCUGAGAAGGAAUGGGUUUUCUCAAACGUUAGAGACACCAGGUUUACAGUGAAGGAGCUGGCCAGCUUCACAGCAUAUGAAGUGUCAGUCAGAGCUGUAUCUCCUGCUGGUAAAGGGCCAUGGUCAGAGACUUUUAGAGGCACAACUUUAGAAGAAGCUGAAGAAGAGCCAUAUAUGUUGACAGUGGGGGCUGAAGGGCUCUGGAAGCAGCGGUUGGAUAGCUAUGGGCCAGGAGAACUCCUCUAUCCUCAUAUAAGAAAUAUUUCAGACCUCGACUGGUAUAAUGACACUCUUUAUUGGAUUAAUUCCAUGGGGGAAGUUCAGACCUGGUCACUGAACAAAAGGGAGGCUACCACUAGGAAUACUUACGUAUCUGACAUCAGAAAUGCCAGGAUACUGGCCUUUGAUUGGUUAGGUCAAUGCUUGUACUGGGCUGGCAAAGCAAAUACGAUCUACAGAAAAUCACUGCUCAGAGACCAUAUGGAUAUUGUGGCUCAUGUUGUGUUUCUAGUGAAGGAUCUAGCAGUGGAUUCAGUAAAUGGCUAUCUGUACUGGGCCACAUCGUAUUCAGUGGAGAGCGCAAGACUGAAUGGAGAGGAGUAUCUUGUGUUACAAGAGCAGCCACAGUUUUCUGGUAAACAGGUGGUUGGUUUAACUUUGGAUCUCACCUAUGAUUUUCUUUACUGGCUUGUGCAAGAUAGCCUAUGCCUAAACCUAUACAGAGUUUCUCUUUGCAAAGAAGGUUGUGGUAAUGCCAUCAUCACAGAAUUUGCAGCAUGGAGUACUUCAGACAUAUCUCAGGGUGCACUGGAAUACUACAGUGGUCGUCUGUUCUGGAUUAAUACUCUUCAUUUCAUUACAACUCAGGAAGUCAAUCAGAGCCUUAGCAUUCCCUUCUCACAACCAGCAGAGUUUGCUGACUUUACCCUUGUUCACACGUCACUUAAACCCUUGCCAGGAAGUUUUUCUUUUACACCAAAAGUGAUUCCAGAUUCAGUGCCAGAGUCUUCAUUCAUGAUUAAAGGAAAUUCUUCAAGUUUCCACAUAAUUUGGAGUCCCACAAAUGUAGAAUGGGGAACUGUCUUUUACUGCGUGGGAUCAAAAGCUCUACAAUCUUUGGAGAAUGAAUGGUGCCUCCAUCCCCAUAACCUGACAGCGCCAUCCUACCGAGUUGAUUGGCUGGAACCAUUUACACUCUUUGACUUUACCGUCACUCCAUACACACACUGGGGCAAGGCAUCAGCAACAUCUGUAUCCCUUCGAGCCCCUGAAGGAGUUCCUUCAGCCCCUAUAAACCCUAGGAUAUAUGUGCUACAAAAUAACCUACAUGAAAGUGGUGACACAGUCCCUGUGGAGUUCAGGUGGGACAGACCUGAAAAGGAAAAUGGAGUAUUAUUGCAGUUCAGGGUUUACUAUCAACUCCUGAGUCAGAGUGACACUGCUAACACUUUCACAGAGUGGAACGUGGGCAACGUUAAGCCCACCCUGAUGCUCUUUUCCCUUAUGGAUGUGCUUCCUGGCCUUACAGUAAGGUUUCAGGUGCAAGCCUUCACCUCUGUGGGUCCAGGACCUAUGUCUGAUAUAGCAGAGAGGAAUUCAUCAGAUCUUUUCCCUGUCCCCACUCUUCUAACUGUUUCUGCCAACCAGUUGUAUCUUACUGACAUAGACAAUAAUCAUACCAUAUGGGAACUUUCAGCAAAGAUAAAUGUAAAGGACAUCUGUUACACUGCUAAUGAUGAUAAAGCAUACUAUAUCAUAGGAGAUUCUAUUUUUCUUCUGAAUAUAGAGACUGCUUCAAAGUUUCAGUUUUUCAAAGAUGCAUACCUUCACAAUGCCACAGCCAUCACAGUUGACUGGAUUGCAAGACAUCUAUUUGUUGCCCUGAAGACGCCGUGGAAUGAAAAUCAAAUAUUUGUUGUUGAUCUUGAGCUGAAGAUAAAAUCUCUAAAAGCCUUGAACAUACAGUUGGGUAGAAGUAAUUCAACUGUAUCAUCUCUGUUGUCAUAUCCUUUCUUAAGCCGCUUGUACUGGAUGGAGGAGCUUGAUUAUGGCAGCCGCAUGUUUUAUUAUGAUAUUCUGAAUAACACCGUGCACCACAUUUUGGGACACAUAUCAGUGGACAAACAGAUGAGGAACUACUGCACCUGUAAUGUGGCAGAAGCAGAGCUAGGAAGACCUAUGAGUAUAGAUGUGUCCGACUCCAAGAAUCCCCAGCUGCUCUUUAUCAGAAGAAGAGACGAAAUAUGGGCCUCAGAUGUGGACGGUUACCACUGCUGGAGAAUUACCAAAAUACCAGAUUUUCAAGGUAAGAAAAUUGGCAGCUUGACUGUAGAUAAGAAUUUUUUAUACUGGAGCACUGAAACAAAGGAGUACACUGAAAUUUGGCGAGCAAAUAAAGAAAGAGCAGGACAGUUUCUUCAGAAGAGAGCAAAUCAAGAGCUGAAAAUCUUAGCCUACAGUUCAGCGGCGCAACUGUAUCCAGAUAAAAGAUGCCUGAUUCCAUUCACAUACACUGAGAAACCUACUAUCCUUGAUACAACGAACACCAGUUUUAUGUUGAGUUUGCCAUCUGUCACACCACAGCAGCUAUGCCCUGGCAUAUUGCAGCCCACACCAACAUACCUGGUCUUUCUUGGACAAAUGGCUAAUAGCCACAGAAACUCAAGCUACCGUUUGUCUGAUCUACAGGAAAAAACAUUGGAAUUUCAGGGUCCUGUAGCCAUCAUAGACAACCUACAGCCAUUUUCAAGCUAUGUCAUACAAGUUGCAGUGAAAAACUACUAUUCAGAUGAGGAAAUGCUGCCUAUGGGAGAAGAGACAAUUGGCACCACUCUGUAUGGAGUACCAGAGGCAGUUCAUUCCAUUAAGACAGCGGUUUUGUCUGACACCACCAUCAGCAUAUCUUGGGAUGAACCUCUGAAGCCAAAUGGACCUCUAGAAUCCAUCCGCUAUCAAAUCUCUGUCAAUUUGUUACCUUCUGUCCCAGCAACACCCUUGCGAAAAAGUGAAUUUCCAAAUGGGAUACUUGCCUGGUCUGUCCACGGGCUCCAAUCUGGAACAAAAAAUUUAUUCAAGGUUCUUGCUUUUCAUCCGAAUGAGAACUGGUUUUCUGAAAGUGUCCCUGUUAUUGCAAAAACUUUUGAGACUCCACCUGCACCUUUCAACAUAGUUCCCAGAAAUACCAGUUUCCAGCUACAGUGGAGAGCUCCUCUGCACGUCAAUGAAACCAGCUUCUGGUUUGAGCUGCGCAAGUGGCAAACAAAAAGUGACUGGUUUUCUCCUGCAACAACUAAAUGCACAGCAGAUCUUGUUUACACAUGCAAUCUCACAGGAACUAUUCCUUCAACCAACUACCUUGUAAGAGUAACAGUAGUUUAUGAUACAGGAUUGAAAAGCACUUCCUCCUCAAAAAGCUUUAAAACUACAGCUGGUGUUCCCAGUAAGCCAGGAGUUCCAAAAAGAGCAGAAGACAUUAAAAACUCUGUACAGUGGGAAAAGGCUGAUGACAAUGGAAGCAAUCUGACCUACUACAUCUUAGAAAGCAGGAAGCAGUCUGACAACACCAGCAAAGUGAAGCUCUUGUGGAAGGUGGUUUACAAUGGCUCCUGUACCAGUAUUUGCAUGUGGAAGGCGAAGAACUUAGACGGAACUUUCCAGUUCAGAGUGGCAGCUGCAAAUGUGCUGGGACUUGGUGAAUACAGUGACACAAGUGAGGAUAUAAUUUUGGGUGAAGAUACUAUGAUCUCUCCAGAUGCUAUCAUUGCCAUUGCUGUUGUGACUGGAGUUGUUAUGCUGGGCUUGACUGUGGUCAUGCUAUUUGGUUUUGUAUGGCACCAAAGAUGGAAAUCCAGAAAAAAGGCUUUGCCUGGCCAGAUAGUGUUUAUCAAAGAAGAUAAAGAACUAGCUCAACUCAGGGGCAUGAUUGAUACAGUGGGAUUAUCCAAUGCCUGCUAUGCUGUCAGCAUUCUUCCUUCUCAAGCAGAGAUUGAAUCAUUGCCAGCUUUCCCUCGUGACAAACUGAACUUACACAAAUUGUUAGGAAGUGGAGCGUUUGGAGAGGUGUAUGAAGGGACUGCAGUAGAUAUCCUGGCAGAUGGAAGUGGAGAAUCCAAAGUAGCAGUCAAGACUUUGAAGAAGGGUGCAACAGACCAUGAGAAGAGUGAAUUCUUGAAGGAGGCACACUUAAUGAGUAAAUUUGAUCACCCUCACAUUCUGAAGCUACUUGGUGUGUGCCUGUUAAAUGAACCUCAGUACCUUAUACUGGAGCUGAUGGAAGGAGGGGAUCUACUUAGCUAUUUACGAGGAGCCAGAAAGCAAAAGCUUCAGAGUCCUUUACUGACAGUGACUGACCUCUUGGAUAUAUGUUUGGAUAUUUGCAAAGGCUGUGUCUAUUUAGAGAAAAUGCACUUUAUACACAGGGACCUGGCUGCUCGCAACUGCCUUGUGUCUAAGAAGGAAUACGAGAGCUCUUCCCGGAUAGUAAAGAUUGGUGAUUUUGGACUUGCCAGAGACAUCUAUAAAAAUGAUUAUUAUAGGAAAAGAGGAGAAGGCUUACUCCCUGUGAGAUGGAUGGCUCCUGAAAGCCUCAUUGAUGGUGUCUUUACAAAUCGUUCUGAUGUCUGGUCUUUUGGAGUCUUAGUGUGGGAAACAUUAACUUUGGGUCAACAACCAUAUCCAGGUUUCUCCAAUACAGAGGUUUUACACCAUGUACGGUCAGGAGGAACGCUGGAAUUUCCAAACAAUUGUCCUGAUGACCUAUGUGACUUAAUGACAAGAUGCUGGGCCCAAGAACCUCACAACAGACCUACUUUCUCUUAUAUUCAAGACAAACUGCAAGAGGUAAGACACUCUCCACUGUCCUUCAUCCACUACCUAGAAGACAAAGAGGCAGCAACUGGAGUCAUUAACCAAGCUUUUGAAGACAGUGAUGUUCCAUGUGCAGAUUCGGACAGUAUUCUUUCAGCCACACUAAUGGAAACAAGGAAUCAAGAGGGUUUAAAUUAUUUGGUAUUUGUCAAAGAAGGUAACCGAGAUCAAGGAAGCAUCAAUUCUGCUGAGCUCAGUUAAGUCUGGUUCCGUCUGCUUGAAAGACAGAGGGAAAGAAGAGAAAAAGCUCUACCAAAGAAGACAUAAGCCAAGGGAAAUAUUCUGCACAUCUUCAUAAUUACAGAGAUGUCUUUAAAAACCCAGCAACUCUCUAAAACUCUAAACCUACUAGAUAAUAUCAUAAGGCACUGAAUCAUGCAUAGCAGAAUAAGACAAUUACAUAUCUUUUGAUUUUCU